AUGUCUGGUCGCGGUAAAGGAGGGAAAGGGCUCGGGAAAGGCGGCGCCAAGCGGCACAGGAAGGUGCUCCGUGAUAACAUCCAGGGCAUCACCAAGCCUGCCAUCCGCCGCCUAGCUCGCAGGGGAGGCGUCAAGCGCAUCUCCGGCCUCAUCUAUGAGGAGACUCGCGGGGUGCUGAAAGUCUUCCUGGAGAACGUCAUCCGGGACGCCGUCACCUACACCGAGCACGCCAAGAGGAAGACCGUCACCGCCAUGGACGUGGUCUACGCGCUCAAGCGCCAGGGCCGAAGAGCGCCCCCGCCACUGGCGGAGAGGGGAGGCCAGCAAGCCAUGGCCAGAACCAAGCAGACAGCCCGUAAGUCCACCGGCGGGAAAGCUCCCCGCAAGCAGCUGGCCACUAAGGCCGCCAGGAAGAGCGCCCCCGCCACUGGCGGAGUCAAGAAGCCUCACCGCUACCGGCCCGGGACCGUCGCUCUCCGGGAGAUCCGGCGCUACCAGAAGUCCACCGAGCUGCUCAUCCGGAAGCUGCCCUUCCAGCGCCUGGUGAGAGAGAUCGCCCAGGACUUCAAGACCGACCUUCGCUUCCAGAGCUCGGCCGUCAUGGCCCUGCAGGAGGCCAGCGAGGCUUACCUGGUCGGGCUCUUCGAGGACACCAACCUCUGCGCCAUCCACGCCAAGCGGGUCACCAUCAUGCCCAAGGAUAUCCAGCUGGCCCGCAGGAUCCGAGGGGAGAGGGCUUAGAUCUGC